UACAAUAUUACUUGGAGAAGGAAAAAGUGUACAACCAAUUUAUGAAUAGUUGUUUUGGCUGCUUAUUAAAAGUGAACCUAGAGAAUUGGAACAAAAAAUUUUGUGGCCAAAUCGUACACUAUCUUCUACAACGACGUGUUGUAAGCUUAAAGAAAAAGGAGGUUUGGUUCAUAAUUGAUGGUAAGCCAAUUCGAUUUGGUAUGAAGGAGUUUGCUAUGAUUACCGGACUGAAUUGUGGAAAAAUUCCCCUUUGGUAAGGCUUUAUAUGAUGAAGGGAAGGCAAAAGAUUUUUUAGAUCUAGUGUUGAACAAAAAGAGUAGUCUAACGGGAAAUGAUUUAAAGGAAAUAUUAAAGAGUGACAGAUUUGAUGCGCAAACAAAGUUGAAGAUCGCUAUGGUGUGGUUUGUUGAGUCUUUUUUAUGGGCUGGUGAUCAAAAGCGAACUGUUGAUAUAAAGAAUAUGAAAAUGGUGACAAACUUGGAUUACUUUAAUGCAUAUCCUUGGGGUAGGCGUUCUUUUGAGAUGACAGUUGAGUUCCUCGUAAAUGUUAACUUAAAGAAAAAGUCUGCAGAAUGGAAGGAAAAUAAUUCCACAUCUAAAGGUUAUAGCUUGCAAGGAUUCCCUUGGGCUUUUAUGGUGUGGGCUUUCGAAGCAAUUCCUAUACUAGGAGAGGCUUUUGGACAGCCAUUGAUAGAAUCUCCCUUGCCACUUCCAAGAUUGCUCCGAUGGUACGAUAAAAAGAAGACACCCCCAGAUUAUAAAACAGUGUUAUUAACAAUGCAAAAUAAAGAGGUUGUGGUGCAUCCUACUUUGGUUCCUACUAAUGUUGAGUCAAAAAAAUCAUAUUUGAUUAAUUGGGAGGAUUUGAAAGAUGAGGUGGAUGAGAAUAUAGAUCGGUUGACAAAAGUAGUUAGUGGUGUGACACGAUUAGUUAACUCUUCUCUCGAAAGGCAUGAGAUUCCGGUAGCUAUGGAUCACGACGGACAUGAAACUGAUAUUAGAAGACAACCAUCAAAGGGAGUUACUGAAAAUAUUAAUUUGAGUGAUUCACCAGACAAACUUUCUCAACUUAUUGAAUUAUGUGCAAAUAUGUUUAAUGAGAUGAAGGAUAUGAACAAGAAGUUGAAUGAAAGAAUGGAUGGUCUCGAUGCUAAAGUAGACCACUUGAGUGGUAUAGUGGGUGGUUUGCAUGUCCAGGUAGAAAAAUUAAGCAAAAAAAAGUAUGAUGAUGAAAAUUUUCAGGUGGGUGAUGAACAACCAGAUAUGUUGGAAAAGAAGGUAAUUGGUGAGCUUGAAGAGGAAGGAAGCAACAUGGUUGACAAAGAUGAAGCUACCAAAUUUGCGGGAGUAUGUACUACAAGGGCGAAACGAACAAGGAAAACUAACCCAAAAUAUGAUUGA